CAAUGAUAAAAACCAUACGCCUAUAUUGUGACAUAUUUAAUAUAAAUACUAGGGGUUUUCGAGUCCAUACAUUAAUUUUUUUGGAAGUUUAACAAUGAAUACCUACGUGGUUCUGGCUGCCCUGGUUGCUGUGCUCGUUAAGGGCACUUCAGCAGGAUGCAUCGGCGCCCCCUUUCUCGUGCGAUCUCCUAUCAUCUCCCCGUGCGUGACCGCUCCUCUCCUCCCCGCUCCCAUGUUAUCCACCACCACCAUUGUGCAGUCUGAGAGCGUAACGGACAAACUGUGUAACGUGCUACAGAUGCUGCCGGUGACCAACCUGUUAAACAACCAGCUGGCGUGCACGAAUCUGAUCGCUCCCGUCCUGCCUUGCGGUUGCGCGUACGGAUGCGCAUGCGGAUGCGGACCUAUCAUCAUUUAAAUGACAGUGAAUUUUAGAAUAUUUGUAUGUAAUGUACUCGUAUUUAUGUAUUUAUAUAAGUAAUUAAGUUAUUCUGACUUAUUUAUUGCAGUGAUAUGUAUACAUAAUAAUUAUUGCUUAUGUAUGUUUAUUUAUUAUAUACACUUAAGAGCAAUGCAUAUGGGUCAUUUUUAAGAACAAACAUAGGUAAAAAGUCUCUUGAGUGUAAUUUUUUGUUGUUAUUUAUUCAGUAGGUAUUGUAUACUGCCAAAACAUAUUUAUCAUGUUUAUGAAAAUAUAUUAAUUAGAACAUUAACCACCGUUUAUAGUUUAGGUAGGUAUUUAAAAACUUAUUUUAAAUAUUUACCGCCUUAAAGGAAACUACUAAUUUUACAAAAAAAUACCAUACAACAAAACGCAUAGAAAAGACGAAAGACAGUUCAGAAAGAAAGCGUAACGGACAAACUGCGUAUCAUGCUGCAGAUACUGUCGGUUACCACGCCGCUGCUAUAUAACCAGCUAGCGUGCACGAAGCUGAUCGCUCCCGUCUUGCUGUGCGGAUGCGGGUGCGGAUGUGGGUGCGGAUGCGGAUGUGGACCGGAUUUAAAUGAGGAGUCAUUCGUUAAUUACAUCACACGUUUGGGGGGUGGGAGGGGGUCAAGAAAAUGUGACAAGGGGUCAAAAAACUUUGAACUUCUUGUGACGUAGUUAAUGGAUGACCCCUGACAGUGAUUAUAAAAAUACAUAUGUAGUAUAUUUAUGUAUGUAUUUAUACUGGAAGUUCUUCAGUAACAUGAAGACGAUCCUACUUAUUUAUGGGAGUGAUGUAUAUAAUAAUGUUAUUUAUUUAUGUAUAUGUGUAAGUGUACAAUUUUUGUUGUUAUUUAUUCAGAUACUGUAUACUUAGUACUUACUACGAGUACCAUAAUUAUAUCUAUUAUGUACAUGAAAUAUACAAUUUUAAACAUAA